CAUCGCUGGCUAUCACAGGGUUGUUUUGGAGGAAGUUAAAGCAGAUCCCGAAACAGAAAAAGACCCGUCAGGUAACAGUGGGGCAAUAACAGUAACAGCACCCGUAUCGGUAUCCCCGAUUCAGGAUUACUUCACUCAUACACUAGCCUAAGCGAUCCAGUCUUCCGCUGGCGACAGAGGCUGGAGUUAUUGUUUGUUUUUCUCAUAAACAUCAGGCUUGUGUAAGGACACGGUAGCGAUUUAGCUCACAGGCUACACCACAGCGCAAAUACAGACGGAUAUUCGCUAGAACUCCUGCUUUAUAAACCAGCUGUGACACUAUGACAUCAAGGAAGAAAGUUCUUCUGAAGGUGAUCAUCCUUGGAGACUCCGGGGUUGGGAAGACAUCUCUGAUGAACCAGUAUGUGAAUAAGAAGUUCAGUAAUCAGUAUAAAGCUACUAUAGGAGCAGAUUUCCUGACAAAAGAAGUGAUGGUUGAUGACCGACUUGUCACAAUGCAGAUAUGGGAUACAGCAGGUCAAGAGCGGUUCCAGUCUCUGGGUGUGGCUUUCUACCGCGGUGCUGACUGCUGUGUGCUGGUGUUUGAUGUCACUGCCCCCAACACCUUCAAGACACUGGACAGCUGGAGGGACGAGUUUCUGAUCCAGGCCAGCCCACGCGACCCAGAGAACUUCCCCUUUGUGGUACUGGGCAACAAAAUUGAUCUGGAGAAUAGGCAGGUAACAACCAAGCGGGCACAAGCUUGGUGUCAGAGUAAGAACAACAUCCCAUACUUUGAGACCAGUGCGAAGGAGGCCAUCAAUGUAGAGCAGGCUUUCCAGACCAUCGCACGCAAUGCACUCAAACAGGAAACCGAAGUGGAGUUGUACAACGAGUUUCCUGAGCCAAUUAAACUGGACCGGAACGAUAGAGCCAAGCCAUCAGCAGAGACUUGUAGCUGCUGAGGACCUCCAGGGGGCGCAAUGUUUCACUCUCAGCCUCUCUGGCUUUGUCUCUGCCUCACUCCCUCUCUCUUGCGUUCUUUCUUUCACCCCUCCCUCCCUCCCUCCCUCCCUCCCUCCCUCCCUCUUUAUCUCCUUUCCUCCCUUUACUCGAUAUAAUCACUGGCCUUUGUAGACGAGCAGACUUCCUCUCAUUCAGUAUCCUACAAAGUUCGCAUUCACAGCCUUAGACACAACACACACACCCACAUAUGCUCCAGAGGCUCAAUUUCCGUACACGAAUCCCGACGCUGCGCACCAGUUCUGCAGAAUCCUCGCCCACGUAAAAAGUCUUCACAACACUUGAAUGGCUCUUGAGACAUUUUAUAUGAUCCCAUCCCGCAGUGCAAUUGAAAUACGUGUGAUGUGAACGCUGAAAGAUGGGGGGGGUGUAUUAGAGCAUUAAAGCCGUAUGUUGGUACCAGAACUACCCGUCAUAUUCUUCAUCGUUCUGCUUGAAAUAAAAUGGCAGCCUGGCAUAAAGCAUGCAACAUUUGCCUCUCGAAGUCGUGAACCCGAAAACGCUCCUCAGUUUUUGAGGUCCCGAAGCACUGGAGGUCUAACACUGCCCCCACUGUUACAACUGAGAACUGCAAUCCAGCAUACGCCCAAACGCUGUCCUCGAAAUGGAAAACGAAAACAUGAAUUCCCAACCAAGUGAUGGGAAAUUUAGAUAUUACAUCUAAAUUAUCUACAAUUCAUAUUAUGACAAUUAGUAUUUUUUUUAAUCAUCAAUCCUCAUGUCAGCAUGACCGAAUCACCGCGAGUCUGCCAUGAACAAGUAGUGGCGUAGGCCAUCUCUUGUCGUUUUUGUUUUUGUUUUUUUCAUUAAUUUCUUGCCUGGACUCUACCAGUAGCUCAGGAUGGUAGAGAAUUUAAGUGCUCAGUAUCACUUGGAUAUUUUCCUGUCUGUUCAUUAUUAUUGUAAUUAUUAUGAUCUUUGUUGCAUUAUAUACAAAUAAACACAACUAGACACCAUUGGGGGAAAACUGAAUUGUUAAUGACAUUUAAUGAAGCAAAAUGCACAGCAUACAUUGUUCAAGAUAAAUGUAUUUCAAAGUAAUAAUGGAAAUAAAAUUAAGUUGUUGAGUAAA